AAAAACAGACCCUCCUCUUACGGUGUAACGGUUUAACACGAGAAAUUUUUAAAGCUGUGGAUAAUGCUACAAGGAGACUGCUACAAGAGCAUCAAAUAAAUUCACGGUUGUCGUGGAUGCGGCAGUUGUGGUUCGUCGAGGGCGGCAUUGGUGACGCCGCCGGUGGUAUAACGGUGGCUAUGAGCGGUACCACUUGCGACUUUCUGUUGCGGUUUCAAGGAAAGAAAGGAUAGAAAAGAUGGACUGAAGUAAGUAAAUAAAUCCUCUGUUCUGAUAUUGUUGUUCAUUGCAAUGUAACUGACAUGGACGUCCCACUGUCGCGUCAUCAGAUUCUGAGUUGUACUGGAUUUUCAUAUUAUUCGAUAAACCCCACAUUUUCCAGAGAAAAGCCUAUGUUGUUUUCUGGGUAUUGUUUGUUUGAAAAAAGAAAAUGGAGAACCCCAUUUUCUCAAAUCACUUGUUGUUUAGUAGAGCAAGGGUUAAAACCACGACCCAUGUUCAAACCUUCAAAAACCAACCUUGAUACUGGGAAAGAUACCCACUUGGAAGAAACCCAGAUUACAACUCCUAGUUUAGGACUAUGUGCACAGAUAGAGAAGUUAGUUUUGCACAAAAAGUAUCAAGAAGCGCUUGAAUUGUUCGAAAUAUUGGAGUCUGAGAGUGAUAACUACGAUGUGGGUAAAAGAACGUAUGAGGCCCUAGUGAAUGCCUGUAUCGGUUUGAAGUCGAUUCGAGGGGUCAAAAGGGUGUUCAGUUAUAUGGUGAAUAGUGGGUUUGAGCCGGAUCAGUAUAUGAUGAAUAGGGUUCUGUUGAUGCAUGUGAGGUGCGGGAUGAUGAGUGAUGUACUCUAUUUGUUCGAUGAAAUGCCUGAGAGGAACUUGGUUUCGUGGCAUACGGUGAUUGGGGGACUAGUGGGCAGGGGAGAUUACAGUGGGGCUUUUGCUUUGUUUCUAGAAAUGUGGGAGGAAUUUCCCGUAGUUGGGUCGCACACAUUUUCUACAAUGCUUCGAGCAGCUUCUGGUUUGGGACUUGUUUUUGCUGGGAGACAGUUGCAUUCAUGUGCUUUGAAGGAGGGUUUAGGUAGAGAUAGCUUUGUAUCUAGUGCCUUAAUUGACAUGUAUGGUAAGUGUGGCAACAUUGAGGAUGCUCAAUGUGUUUUUGAUGAGAUGCCUGAGAAAAGCACAAUCGCAUGGAAUUCACUCAUGGCAGGUUAUGCACUUCACGGCUAUGGUGAGGAAGUUUUGGAUAUGUACAAUGCGAUGCAGGAUUCUGGUGUUAAAAUGGACCACUUUACGUUCUCGAUAAUCUUAAGUGUUUGUGCUAAGUUAGGUUCAUUAGAACAAACAAAACAAGCACACGCGGGUCUAGUUCGCCAUGGUUUCGGGUCAGAUAUAGUUGCUAAUACAGCACUUGUGGACGUUUAUUGCAAAUGGGGAAGAAUAGAAGAUGCUAGGAACGUCUUUGACAAGAUGCCAAAGAAGAAUGCCAUAUCCUGGAAUGCCUUAAUCCAUGGAUAUGGUAAUCAUGGUCUUGCGACUGCGGCGAUUGAGCUGUUUGAGCAGAUGCUUCAUGAAGGAAUUGGUCCUGAUCAUGUUACUUUUCUUGCUGUUCUAUCUGCUUGUAGCUAUUCGGGUUUAUCAGAUCGUGGGUGGGCAAUUUUUGAUUCGAUGAGCAGAGAUUUUAAAGUUGAGCCAAGGGCAAUGCACUAUGCAUGUAUGAUAGAAUUAUUAGGACGAGCAGGGCUUUUAGAUGAAGCCUUUGCUUUAAUACAAGAUGCUCCGUUUCCCCCAACGGUGAACAUGUGGGCUGCUUUGCUGAGAGCUUGUAGGGUACAUAAGAACUUGGUGCUAGGAAAAUUUGCAGCAGAGGAGAUUUAUAGAAUGGAACCGGAAAAGCUUAGUGACUACGCUGUGGUUUUGAAUAUAUACAAGGGAUCCGAAAUGUUGAAGGAAGCUGCUGGAGUUCUCCAGACGUUGAAAAGAAGGGGAUUGAAAAUGGGUCCUGUUUGCACAUGGAUUGAAAUCAACAAACAGCCACAUGUUUUUGUUUCUGGAGGUAUCCAAGCAGAAGGGAUAGAGGAGAAAAUGGUUGAAUUGAUGGUGGAGAUCUCAAAGCAUGGUUAUCUGCAUGGGGAAAAGUUUGUCCUUCCUGAUGUGGAUGAGAGGGAACAGAGGGAGCUAGUGUUUCACAGUGAGAAAGUGGCAAUUGCAUUUGGGCUUAUCAACACUUCUUCUGCAGGGUUGCAACUUGUGCAGAGCCAUCGAAUUUGUCUUGACUGCCAUAAUGCGAUUAAAUUGAUAGCUUUGGUUACUGGACGGGAAUUUACUCUGAGGGAUGCCAGCAGAUUUCAUCGUUUUAAAGAUGGGACUUGUUCUUGUGGGGACUACUGGUGAUGGUCAUCAUAAUUUGCCGUUGGUAGAAGGAUUUUGGAAUACGCAAAAAUCUUAUGAUGGUGAAGAAGACCACUUGUUGCGGGAAUGGGUAAAGUGCCAUUCGACUGAGUUCGUGAUCAAGAUUACUGAUGGUAACAGCAGAAGUAAUUUUGGCGGUGGUUUUAUGGUGGUUGUUCCUAAUUUCUGAUAUCCAAUCUGGGUUUCGUAAGGUUUCUGAGGGGUUUGAUCUUGUUUGAAUGCUAGAGUCGAGGCCAAGAAGUUGAAGACGGAUGCCAUGGAUGAAGGUAUUGAAGUCUGCUGAUUUCGGAUAGAUCUUUGGGUCAUGACAGGGACUUUCUCUACUAUUACUUGGUUUGAUCUAUGCUUAUAUUUCUGAAUCAGUAUUAGACUUGAUGGCGAUUGAAGUGAGCUUUGGGCAAUUAUGAUUGAACUACUGUUUCACGGAAGAGCAUUGGACAGUAAGAAGCUGCCUGUUUCCUGAAUAAUUCCAUUUUCCUAAUGAGGAUAAAAAGUGUGCUAAACCAGCAAACAUGCCAUGAAGAAUGAUACUACUAGUAUUUCCGUUUGACCAAAAAAAAAAAAGAAUGAUGCUACUGAACUGUCGCGAGAAAGACUAUAAAGACGCUGACAUUAGGCCUGUACAUCUCAACAAUGGUUGGAGUACCAUUCACAUCUUCGAUUACUGGCUUCUAUGGUGAACAUGUUUGUUCAACGAAAUGGGUCUAUUGCUCUACUUAAAGACGUCUGCUCCUGGUAAAUGUUCUAGCAACACUAAAUGCGGAGCUUGAAACUGGUGGCGCUAAGUACUCCAUAAGUAAUUAUAAUUUGAAACUCCUAAACAGCGACAGUUUGAAACGGGUGUGUAGAUGAUGUUUCAGAAAGAUACCAUGAAAACAUAGUUGCAUUCUACUUUCAUUAAUUUUAUCCAGAGAACCGGUACGAUCGCAGUCUACCCGUUAGUCAAUUUUCCAAGUUUUUUACAAAACGGAGGAUGUGUUGGUUAUUGUACAUCAGGUUAGUUUUGUACUCUGGAUCUGAGGCUUUACUCGAGAAAUGGUUUGUUGUGGCAAAAUAUCUUGAAUUCAAGGAACCAUUUUCUAUGUUGGAGCAAGCCAUAAAAGGUCUAUGCGAAAAGAAGUCUAUUUUGGACCAGUAUUGAAAGGUGAACAAUCAGUGGCAGUGGCCUAGGGCCAGAAAUCCAGCUAUUAGAGAAAUUUUGAGGACCAGCCUAAACUCUUUGGUGUCUAAGGUAUCUCAUGAAGACUCUGUAGUGUGGAACCUGAACCCUAAUCGAAAAUUCUCUGUGCCGUCUGCCUAGCAUGCCUUCAGGAAUCCUAAACCCUCGGUAGGUUGGUAAAAGGUUGUUUGGUUUAAACAUGCUAUCCCCAGAUGGUCCAUUAUCCAGUGGUUAGCUGUGUUGGGCAGACUAUCUACCAGGGAUAGGUUACAGGUUUGGGGGGUGAUAGCAGAUGCUCAUUGUGUUCUAUUUUCUGAUGCAGUAGAGACUCAUAAUCAUCUCUUCUUCCAAUGCUCCCAUGCUCUACAGUUUUUGAGGGUUUUGCAGACCAAACUCAAUGAUCCUUGUCCAUUGACAACCCAAAACAACCUGUCUUACACUUUGAAAACUCAAAAAAUAGAACAUCAAGCUAACUCAAGAAUUCAAGCUGGAAGGUGCCAAGGGGAAGAGAGAGACAGGUUUGCAUCUGACUUCUGGACUCUUCUCCAUGAACAGAGGCAAGCUCUUAUAUCAGUUACACUUUUGGCCUCCAGCAGCUGUACAAUAAGGCCACAAUGUUAAAUAUCCUUCAGAAUGGAUGGGACAAGGUCAUAGUGGUUCUCAGUUCCCUAGGUUGGUCUCAAAAAUUGUCCUAGCAGCGGCUAUUUACCAUAUAUGGCGUGAGCGUAAUAGAAGAAUAUUUCAACAUUGUUGCUUUAUUGUACAGCUUUUGGAGGCCAAAAGUGUAACUGAUAUAAGAGCUUGCCUCUGUUCAUGGAGAAGAGUA